AAAGGAAAACCCCGUUCCAACGUAUUUUCUCCUUUUUGUUCAAAGAAAUAGCUUCCUAGUGCAAAAACAAUUACUGUGAUCUUUGUGAUCCGUGUUGAAACACCCAUUUGCCUUUAUAAGUAUGUUUACUUAGGGGUAAUAAAAGUAAGAGUAAUUCAAUAUUAGCUCGGUUAUUUACCUGUAAUAUGUGAGUGUUGAUAAAAUGCUAUUUAAGUAAUUAUAAUGGCGUUAUUAAGGCAACCCUUCUUUACGUCGACUCCGUUCCGUACGACAACUGCAUCCGGGAUGGACAGAGGCAGCGAUCCGUCCCGGGUCUUAUGACCGCCCGAUCCUCUCCACUGAACUCCAACCCCCGCGCUCUCUAUCAGCAUCUCAUUCCUGUCUCAAUAUGUCUCAAGAUGGCGGCCAAUGCAGGAUCGAUGUUUCAAUAUUGGAAGCGCUUUGACUUACAACAACUACAGAAAGAACUAGACACCACCGCCACACAGCUUGCCAACAGACAGGACGAGAGUGAACAGUCCAGGAAGAAACUAAUCGACCUAAGCCGCGAGUUCAAGAAGAACACACCAGAGGAUUUUCGGAAACAGGUCGCCCCCUUGCUCAAGAGCUUCCAAGGAGAGAUUGAUGCAUUAAGUAAGAGAAGUAAAGAAGCAGAGGCCGCCUUCUUGAACGUGUAUAAGAAAAUAAUCGAUGUCCCAGAUCCUGUACCUGUGCUGGAGCUGGCUCAGCAGCUGCAGCUGAAGCUCCAGAGGAUGCACGACAUUGAGACAGAGAACACCAAACUAAGAGAGACACUGGAGGACUACAACAAAGAGUUUGCAGAGGUCAAAAACCAAGAGGUGACCAUCAAAGCCUUGAAAGAGAAGAUCCGGGAGUAUGAGCAGUCCCUUAAGAAUCAAGCAGAAAACCUGGCCCAAGAGAAGCAGCUCCAGCUACACAACGACUAUGCAGAGAAGGAGAGGAAACUCCAGGAGAGCCAGGACUCCAUGUCAUCAAGGUUAAAAGAGGCUGAGCAAAAGGCCCAGACCCUACAGACAGCACUUGAAACAACUCAGGCCGAACUCUUUGAUUUGAAGACCAAGUAUGACGAGGAAUCCACAGCAAAGGCUGAUGAGAUUGAGAUGGUGAUGACAGACCUCGAAAGAGCCAAUCAGCGGGCAGAAACUGCUCAGAGGGAGGCAGAGUCACUCAGAGAGCAGUUGUCCUUGAGUAACCAGUCUCAGCAGCUCGGCAGCCCCGACAAGUCCGACACCAUCACGGAACAGGAAGCUGAGGUGACAUCCCACUCAAGCCUGGAGGCAGAGCUCAGAGCCAAAGAAAGGGAGACGGCUCAGCUGGUGGAGGAUGUCCAGAGACUGCAGGCCAGCCUGACCAAACUCCGAGAGACCACCAGCUCCCAGAUCUCACAGCUAGAGCAGCAGCUCAGCAGCAAGACUGCCGUCCUUAAGGAACUUGAAGAAAAACUGAAGAAACAAGCUGACUAUGAGGAGGUGAAGAAGGAGCUGAGUAUCCUCAAGUCCAUGGAGUUUGGAACAUCUGACUCUGUUCAGGACUCAUCCAAACCACUGGAGGUGCUGUUGCUUGAGAGGAACCGUAGUCUUCAGUCUGAAAGUGCUGCUCUGCGCAUCGCCAACACGGAGCUCAGUGGGUCAGCCGGGCGAAAAGGGACAGAAGAGUCGGCAACGAAGGAGGAGACCCUCCCCAGCGAUCCUCCUUCCUCGCCCCCUCCUCCUCCUUCUCUUCCUUCCUCCUCCCAGCUCCCAACAUCUCGCACUCUUACGGAUUCCCUCAACUCCACCACCACCACCAGCAGUGGUGAAACGCACGCUUUCACUCCUACAGGCAUUGGCCAGGACUUCUACUCCCCUGUGUUCCCCCUGGUUGGUGGUAAGAUGGCUUUAAACUCCCUGAUCCAGCGGCAGCUGCUCCAGACCUUCUACUCCAAAGCCUUGCAGGAGUCGUCUGGAAUCCCCAGUGGGGCUCUACUGUUCACUCCCUUCACUCCUACUCUCAGCUCCAUUCCUACCUCCAACCCUGGCUCUGGUUCUGCUGCCAUCCCACUGGCGGCCAGCAGCCCUCAGCCACCUCCAGCCAGCCCAGACAUGGCUCCCGUCAACGGGAGCAGCACUGCCGGCAGCGCUCCAUCCCCGUCGCCCAGUCACUCCGACGCUACCACCGGAAGUGUUCUGGACGGGGAGGAUAUGGACACGGCAGAGAUUGCCCGACAGGUGAAAGAGCAACUGAUAAAGCACAACAUCGGCCAGCGCGUGUUUGGCCACUACGUGCUGGGACUGUCCCAGGGUUCGGUCAGCGAGAUUCUGGCCCGACCAAAGCCAUGGAACAAGCUAACCAUCCGAGGGAAGGAGCCCUUCCACAAGAUGAGGCAGUUCCUUUCCGAUGAGCAGAACAUCCUUGCACUACGCAGCAUCCAGGGACGGCAGAGAGAGGGUACAGGCCAGCCCCAGCUUAGCCGAGUGUUUCAGGAUGUUCCGAAGCGGAGAGUCCUCUCUGAUACAGCUUCACACGCAGGUAACAUUACCGCCCGUGUCCGCACCCCAGAGGCAGGUUCAGAUGAGGCCAUCAAGUCUAUACUGGAGCAGGCAAAAAGGGAGCUGCAGGUGCAGAAAGCUGACUUGUCUCAUACUCAGCCCUCAUAUGCAGGACUGAAAGGAGGGGGCGGGGGCGGACUAGGAGGCGGUGGGGGCAGUGGAUCAGAUGAGGCCAUUCGCUCCAUCCUAGAGCAAGCACGCAGGGAGAUGGAGGCCCAGCAGGCGGCACUGGAGCCCAUCCUCAAAGCUUCCUCCUCUUCUGCAUCACUGUCUCAGAGGGAUCUUCUCAAUUCCCCACUCACCGCCCCUCUACCUCCUUACAACCCCUUGGCAUUAUCCCUCAAGAAGCCCCCCAGCUCUCUACUGUCUUCGCCUUCAUCUCCAUCUCCAGUCCUUGACUUCAGCUGCAAUGUGAAGAGAGAGGGCAGGACUUCUUCAGGAAUUGACAUGUCUCUGGACGGAGCUCUUAGGCUGGGCCGGGGCUCAGAGAGUUCAGCUCGCUCGGGGUCUUCUGGGGGUGUGAGUUAUUGGAGAGAGCAGUGGUGGAGCAACAUGCACGCAGAGCCUCGCAGAACCUCAUCCAGCCAAACAGGAGAGGAGAACCACCACCUGGAAGACUCCAAAGAGGGAAUACUGACUGACAGUCUGUCUCGACAAAAACCAUGGAACAAGUUGAACCAGCGGAGCAGAGAGCCAUACCUUCGCAUGCAGCCAUGGAUCAAUGGAGACCAGGGACAAAACACCCACAUCCAGUCAACUCAGAACCAAGAGGGAACUCCCAAGACAUCAGCAAGUUGCAGCCCUGCUCCAGAAUCACCCCUCAGUUCAACUGAAGAGUCCAUCAACGGUCUCUCUGGUGACCCACUAGCCUCACAGUCCUCCAGUAUCAAAGCUCCUUCUGAUGAUCCCUCUGGGGGAGAGUCUCAGCCUGGCACCCCGCUGCCUCUACCUGGUCACACAGGUCUCAGCAUUCAGGAGCUGGUAGCAAUGUCUCCUGAGCUCGAUACAUAUGCCAUCACCAAGAAGGUUAAGGAAGUGUUGACUGACAAUAAUCUUGGCCAGCGUCUGUUUGGUGAGACCAUCCUGGGUCUAACUCAGGGUUCUGUCUCAGACCUGCUGGCCAGGCCUAAACCUUGGCACAAGCUCAGCCUGAAGGGCAGAGAGCCCUUUGUCCGCAUGCAGCUCUGGCUCCAGGAUCCACACAGUGUGGAGAAACUCAUGGACAUGAAGCGCCUGGAGAAGAAGGCCUACAUGAAGAGGCGACUGAGCUCCCUGAGUGACAGCCAUUCUGUGGACGUUGGCCUGGUGGGGACAGACUACAUGCAGGGCUCUCAGAGUCCUGGACAACAGCAUCUGAAGAAACCCAGGGUGGUGCUGGGCCCCGAGGAGAAGGAGGCUUUAAAAAGGGCUUACCAGCAGAAACCUUACCCUUCUCCUAAAACCAUUGAGGAGCUGGCCUCCCAGCUCAACCUGAAGACCAGUACUGUCAUCAACUGGUUCCAUAAUUACAGGUCACGAAUUCGACGAGAACUUUUUAUAGAGGAGAUCCAGGCAGCUGGAGGCGUAGGAGGGCCUGGCAGCGACGCGGGGUCUCCUUCCCUUCGUGGCUCCAAAUCUGGAGAAGGGGACAGCUGCGAUGGAACAGAAUCUGAGGGUACUGUGGAGAUACGCCAGGGACUGGGCAUCGGUCUGGACGAUCAAAGUGGAACGUGCAAAGACCAGGAUAUGGAGGCUGAGUCCGAGGCAGGGGGCUCUAAUAACUCCCCCGCUCAGACAGACUGCACCAGCUCAGGCUUAGCCGGCCCAGGCUCCAGCUGUGGACCAGGUGGACUGGCACUCUUUGGCCUCACAGAAGCAUCCUCCAGCAGUCAAGCCUCUAGUACCAACAUCCCAGCCUCUGGCCCUGCCAGGAAUCCCAGGGACAACAAUCUGCGCAAGAAGAAAGCAGCCAAUCUCAAUAACAUCAUCCACAGGCUGGAGAAGGCCGCCAGCAAAGAGGAUCCUUCAGAGUGGGAGUUCUAGCUCCUCCUGACCACACGUCCUUCCUCCUGUCUCAUAACCUCACGACCUCUAACCUUGGACCCCUCCUACUCUGUUCCAGUUGGAGAGUGGACACAGCCAAAGUCAAGCUCAGCAGCCAUUUUUAAUAAACACAAGCUUUCCACAAAGAGGAAAGAUUGACACAAAGAGUGGUUGACGAAACCCUUAAAGAAGAAGAUUUUACUGAAAACCUAGAAGAACAAAGCAAGAGAUCUCACGUGUCUCUCCUUUUUUUAAGAAAAAAAAAGAAUAAAUAAUGAGUUUUGUUUUUGUACUGAGAAAAAGCACUUAGCCGUCCUGCUGGCCUCUGGCCCUGCUGUACCUCCCCCCCCUAUCACCAGCCACUGGUGCACCAGACUGGUUAGUCCUGAGCUGGGGUCUGACCCACAGCUGGGGUUGAAACCUGGACUCAGUCACACAGGCAAGGCCUGACACAGCAACUGUCACAGUGAUAGACACUGAUAGAUAGAGAGAUAGAUGGAGAGAAAGAGAGAGAGACAGACGCUCUCUUCCAAGAACUCUUGCUUUCUCACAGGAGAUUUCCGCUCUUCUUCACACCUCCCAAGUGUCCACAAACCUCCCCUCACUCAGUGAGAACGCCUCAUUUUUCACACUGUAGAGUGACUGUUACAAACCCUUUGCCUUUUUCACUCACUACGUGUGUGUGUCGGUGUGUUAGGGGUUGUUUCAAAGUGUACCUGUUUGUGUGUGUGUGUGUGUGUGUGUGUGAUCACACCAAAAUAUGGUGUGUGUCUACUCAAUGGCAGCAUGUUUUUCUUUUGUUUUUUUUGUUUUUAAUCUAACUUCUACACUCUUAAGAGGGUAGUGACAGGCCGGUGUGCCCAGCUGCCAUGGUUACUGAUGUAAGAAAGACGAACUUUGACCUGUUGUGUCCCAUAUCCUAUCCUGCUGACAGCCAUGUGAUGGCCAGAAGGAUCUUCAAUUCCUCAGCAACACACGCACUCAUCUGACGAGGAAGGAGGGAAGGAAGAAAGGAAGGAACCCUCUUUUUAGCCUCCUUAAACCCUUCUUUUUAACAGUUGAAGGAUGAUCUCUUUUUAAUAUUGCAAUUUGGUUGCCAAUAAGAGAUUGCACAGUCUAUUGACUCUAAA